AUGAAAUCAUUAACUAAUUAUCCAUCGGAUUGUUUAAAAUCAUUAACAAAUGAAGAAAUUAUGGUAUAUAAUUUUCGUGCAUAUGUAUCACCUUUACUUGCAUUUAUUGGUAUACCAGCAAAUAUUUUUGUAAUUAUUAUAUUUAAUAUAUUAGAAAAACAACAAACAUGUCGGUUUAAUAUAUAUGCAAUAUGGAUGGCAUUAGCACAUUUAAUACAAUUAAUUGUGAAUACAUUAAUUGAUGAUUUUUUAGGUCGUGGUUUAAAAUGGGCAACUGAUUGUUAUAUUUGGUAUCAAGUUGAUUCAUAUUCAUCAUUUACAUGUAAAUUAUUAACAUAUUUAUCUGAUGUAUCUGCAUUAAUUGCAUCAUUUAUUCUAAUGUUAUUUAGUAUAGAUCGUGUAUGUUCAAUAUAUUGUGCUAAACAAGUUGAACAAAUAUUAGAUUUACGUAUAGCUAAAUUAUCUAUAUUUAUAAUCUAUGUAAUUUGUUUUCUAUUAAAUAUACCCCAUUUAAUUUAUGCUGAUUUAAAAGAUGAUUCAAGAGAAAAAUCUAAUUGUCAGUAUGUUGAUCCAGUGGCUGGUGGAGUAAAAUAUGUAUUAUAUUUAUAUAUUAUUGGUGUUACAAUAUUACCGGCUAUUUUAAUUUUUAUAAUGAAUAUUUUAAUAUCAUGUAAAUUAAAAUCAACUAUAAAACGUUCAAAAUUAAAUGGUUAUCAUGAUAGACAAUCAUAUAGUGAAUUAAGUAAAGUGAUUACUCAUUUAGCUAUAAGUAUUAUGUUUACUUGUUUAUCAAUUCCAUUAGUUGCAUUAAUGAUAUUACGACAAAAAGUACAUUUUAAUAAUUAUGAAUUAAUUUAUCCAAUUUAUGCAUAUAAAAUUAUACAAUUAUCAAAAUUAUUUAGUUCUGUUGAUUCAUUUAAUCAUGCAUUUGAUUUUUUUUUAUAUUGGGCAUUUUUACCAGUAUUUAGACAAACAUUAUAUAAACUAAUUACAAAUAUGUGUUCAAAAAUAUUAUGUGAUAAUAAUGAGUAA